CAGAGAGAGCAAUUUGUUCGACUCCAUUAUCAUUUCGAAGGCAGCGAGGCCAGAACAGGGACGUGUUUUUUCGCAUCGCAUCUGCAUUCUCCGGAAGAAGUGAAUUUGCUUUUUUUCGGUCAGGUCGAUCGGUGGCCAAGUCGCAGUUGGAAAGUUUUCUACCGAAGUGGAUGUUUGUGGGAUUCAUUUGGAAGUGAUUUUUUAACUGUGGUUUCCCCGAGACAAGUGUAAAAAGGGGUUUUCCUUAUCGAAAGGAUCUGAGAAUUGGCAAAAGCAAAAGCUGUGAGUGUGCUUGGGAAAAUCGAUUGAAAAAAUUUCCGAGCCACUAUGAACCACCGAAAUCAGUCGAACUUUGAAAUUCCUCCUUUUCCUGAAAACGUGUGCCCCAGUUUUCCAAGUGUGGAAAAAGUUUAAGGAUAUCCGCUCGUUUUCCGGAAGGCAAAAAAGGUUCCCCUAAGAUUCGAAAAGCCCAAGCCAAAUAAGCUUAAAAAAUUACUCUAAAACCCAAACUCGGUCAGCCCACCCGUUGGCUCCGCGCCAAAAUUGUUUCCGUUCGCGGAACGAUGGCCCCCUUCAAACUCAAGUUCCGCAUGGGUAGUGGUUCGUCUCGUAGCGCCUCACAGGAACAGGAUGUCAUAGUAGAUAGUCAGGCCAAUCAGAUCGCCCCGAACUAUCUGUCCAGUAGCACCUUAGGGGUCGCUAGCUAUGGUAGCAGCACCACCUUAGAUUCUGAACAAAAUAAUGAUAGCCUUGUAUCGAUGGGCAACGACCAGCGGGCCCUCAUUCGCGACCGAGAUGGGCCCGAUGAACACAUAGGCUAUGUAAAUCCAACCCUUACACACACAGAAACAAAUACGAUUCCUUUGAGCCCACCGCCAUCAUACGAACAUGUAUUAGAGGAGAACCGCUUGGCAGCACUAGACAAAGAAAACAACAAAACAUCGACGCUGAACCUGGUGAUCCCGACCAGUUUCGAGAUGCUAGGAGGAAACAACGCUUCAACAAUGCCGGCCGAUCAGCAAUCGAAUUCGGCUGGUUCCGAACAACAACAACAACAAUCGCAUCAACAGCAGCAACAAUCAACGCCCGGCACAACGAGAAAGCAGGACUCCAUCGAUUCGUCGCUGUAUUCGUGCAGCUCGGCCACUUCACCGUCGCAGGAAAAUCUGCUCGGGUGUACCGGAUCGUGCGAUCCGCUUUUCAGUAUGGCCGCCCAGGAGCACAUGGAAGAGCUGGCCGAAGAACUGGAGGACAUGCACAUCGAGGAAACGUGCCUCUCGGUCGACAACCUGGGACCGGACAGUAAUUCCUACUCGGACGAGUGCCACUCGUACGACGCACAGGCAUACGAGGGCACUUCGACUGGAGCUGCGGCCGCCCCGAAGCCAGUGGUCCAACCGGGACCGGAAAUCCUGUACAAAUCCAGCAAACAGCUUUACAAAGCCGUGGCCAAGGAGUGCGGCAUCACCUGCAAAAUGUCCGACCAGUGCCGCUGCCUGGACUGUCAGAGUCGCUACUUCGACUGCGAGUACGAUCAGAACGAAAACGAGAAAACCGACGGUGGAUUGGGUGCUGGUACGCCCAUGUUUAUUAGUGAGGUUAUGCAUGGUUCGGCUUGUACCAUACUCUAAGCAAAUUUAUGUUAUGUUUCAACAAAAAUCGAAGCAGUGAAUUCCUAACUAGAACAAGAAAAAAUAGUCAACAAUCAUCACUAUCGGUCACGCCUAAUAAUAAACAACACAAAUGUAAUUGCACAAAUCUUAUAUUACUAAAACAGAUUCUUAAAAGGAAGCCUUUUGAUGCAUUUUAUCUUACAACAGAGAAUAAAAGUGAAGAAAGAUUAAAAAAAAUAUUGAUUUGAAAAGAAAAUUUAAAAAAAAACAGAUUUCAGCGAUGACUGUUUAGCUGUAGAACAGUAAAUCACAUAAUAGGAAACAACUGGUUAACAAACUGUUGAAUUACGUCUAGCUACCGAUAAUAUUCCCUUGAUUCGACGUUCUUCAAUAAGAUAAAAACAAAAACAUAACGAACCCAAACCGAAUGUAUGAUUUAUGUUGCUCCAGGUCGAUAGCUCAGACCAGUAGGAUAGUCUUACUAGAGAAUCAAAUAAAUUGUAACACAUAUAUUGAUGGCCUUUACCAAGCGACCGAUUUGAUGUAGCGCAACUUCGUGUACUACAUAUUUAGAUUUGUGUAUAAACCAACCAAUAACUAUCUAAACCUGUCGAUAAGAAAAGUUUUCGAUUUGAGGUAUCCAGUAUCGAUUUGUUAUUCUUUUGAAAUUUCGAAUACCAUCGUUAUUAUUCCCACUACAAAUCAAAUUCCUUAACAUUUUCGAUUCGUGAUGUGAGUUUAAAGAAAAGCUUAACAUAUAUUAUAUAUUUGAUAACAAUCGUAGUAAUAAAAGCAUAUAUUUACAACAAUAUUUGCAAAGACAACGCACGAAGGUUGAAAUGAAAAGCCAUGCGUAGCAAGCGAGUCUAAAGUAAAUUGGACAUUUACGAAACUCCCUAGCAAAUACUCAUAUUGCAGCUCUGAAACGGGUCUUCACUAUAAUUAAUUAAAUUUUUCAACGCUGGUAUACUUGAUGUAAUCCAUAAAUUAAGAAAAAACAAACCUGUCUGUUAUUGGAAAUACAGUGAGGGGCAAAAUAAAGUGUCCAAAUUAUUUUUUUUCAAUUUCUUUUAUUUUUCUGGUUAAAAUUCAACGAAAAUACAUCGUAAUCAUUUUUAAAAUAUUGUUUAUUAUGUUCUUUUCAAUUUUUGUUAAUGUUGCGCUGGAAAAAUAAGAAAGUUUUUCUGAUAGAAAAAAAAACAGUUAAUAUUCCAAAAAAACAGGGGCAAAAUAAAGUGUCCAGAUCAGUACAGCUU